AUGAAGACUGCGACGUUUUCCACUUUGCUUGCGCUGUCUGCGAGCGCCGUGAACGCUCAGGUGUCGGGCACUGCCUUCGGGUUCGCUGCUGGCACGACUGGCGGUGGUUCCGCGGCCCCGGAAACUCCAUCCAGCAUUGACGAGCUUGUCGAGUGGUUGACUGACGACACGGCGCGGACAAUCAUGAUCGACCGUACGUGGGAUUUUACCGGCACGGAGGGCACCACCGAUGGUCAGUGCUGCAGCACGCGUACGACUACCUGCGAGGGCGGCACCUCUGCUGGUCAGGCGUGGAUCCAGGACACUUGCGAUGACGGGACUUGGGUGUCAUGCACCUACGACAACGCCGCGAAGAACCCGAUCAACGUGGGUUCCAACAAGAGCAUUGUCGGUGUCGGUAGCGACGGGGUGCUGAAGGGCAAGGGUCUCCGGAUCACCGGCGGCAACAGCAAUGUCAUCAUUCAGAACAUCCACAUCACAGACUUGAACCCUCAGUACGUCUGGGGAGGCGACGCCAUCACGCUUGAUGAUGCGGACCUGGUGUGGAUCGACCACAACAAGAUCUCCCUCAUCGGCCGGCAGUUCAUCGUCAGCGGCUGGGGCAAGGCCGGCCGGGUGACCAUCUCGAACAACGAGUUUGACGGCGUUACCGACUGGUCCGCGGGCUGUAAUGGCAAGCACUACUGGACGCUGUUGCUCAUCGGCGAGCAGGACUUCUACACCUUCUCCGACAACUGGGUGCACGAUGUGUCGGGUCGGGCGCCGCACAUGGGCACGGACAUGACUGAAUCUACGAUCUUCUUUCAUGGCGUCAACAACUACUUCCAGAACAUUGGCGGGCAUGCGUUCGACAUUGAUACCAACACGUGGGCGCUGCUGGAGGGCAACUACUUUGAGUCUGUCGACACCCCCUUGACCGAGACGUCGCUGACCAGCGGCGCCCUCAUCUACAACGUGCCCACAGUCGACUCAGCCAGCGCCUGCACCAGCCCGCUGGGCUACAUCUGCGAAUGGAACCGCCUGGCUGGCUCGGGAACGUGGACGGAACGGACUGAUGCGGAUGUUUUGACGAUGGCGUCGCAGUACAUCGACUCCUUGAUUGAUCACAUUCCGGUGGCUGAUGUGCCUACUACUGUGGUGGCCAACGCUGGAGUUGGGAAGUUGUAG